GGGGGAAGCGCGUCCGGUCGGCGGGGCCGGCGGAGCUGCGGGACGGGCCGGGCCCGGCACCUCGUCCCGUUGGACUUCCAGUUUCCACUUCAAAUAUUGAUGGUCUUGAAAGUGCAUUUGGAUUCCAGACCUUUUUCCAUCACAGAACAAAUCAAGAGCCUCCUCUCCUAUCUCAGAGCAAUACAGACAGCUUAAUAUCAUAUGACCUCGUUUCUCCAAAUUAAAUGAAAAAAGAAUUUUCACUAGCUUUCCAUGAAGCUCAGCUAUUGCCUGUUAAUUUUGACUGUUAGUGCUGAUCUUUCAGUUGGAUUCACAGUGGAAAAUGUAGCUUUUAACAGGACAGUUGCUUUUGGGUCUUUCAAUGCAUCACUUCAUGCAGUGUCUCAAGCUUUAAUAAGUUCUCCAGCACACCAUGAUAUCAUAGCCAAAGAGGGGACCAGUAUUUUAAUUGAAUGUAAACUAAACAUCAGCCAGUAUGAAUAUAUCCUUUGGUAUAACUCCAGGGGACACCUGCUUGAACAGCAAGAUGGUGACCGGUGGAGGAUUGCUGAUAAUUCCCUUAACAUCACAAGGGUCAGCUUUGCUGACCGGGGCCGAUACACGUGUGCAGGCAUUAACCAUAAGGAGACCUUGUAUUACACAGUCACUCUGAGGGUUAUCUUCACCUCAGGAGACAUGAGUAUCUACUACAUGAUUGUGUGCCUCGUUGCCUUUGCCAUCACCCUCAUUUUGAACAUAACCCGUCUGUGCAUGAUGAGCAGCCACCUCCGCAAGACAGAGAAGGCGAUCAAUGAGUUCUUCAGGACAGAAGGGGCUGAGAAGCUUCAGAAGGCUUUUGAAAUAGCCAAGCGUAUCCCUAUCAUUACAUCUGCCAAAACACUGGAGCUGGCCAAAGUUACUCAGUUUAAGACCAUGGAGUUUGCUCGGUACAUCGAAGAGCUUGCCAGAAGCAUUCCCCUCCCACCUCUGAUCCUUAACUGCAGGGCGUUCAUGGAGGAGAUCUUCGAGGCCGUGCGAGUUGACGAUCCUGAUGAAGUCGGCAAGGAGGACAAAGAGUCCCAAGGCUGCGGUGCCCAGGCUGCGAUAUUCCCCGUCAACCCGGAGAUGAAGCGCAGCGAGUCCCCAGCCGGGGAUUCCGACGAUGGUUCCAUGAACGAGCAGGGCCAGGAGAUCGCCGUGCAGGUGUCCAUCCACCCGCAGUCCGAGGUGCAGAGCAUCGACACUGUUUCCCACGACAGCUGCCAGUUUGUGCCUUCUGAGGAAGGCACCUGCUGAGUCCAGCAAUCCAAGGGGUGAAGGAAGCUGAGGUGACCCAAGGAUACUGUGAGAAAGGGGUCUGCAAACAAGCUGCCUCAGUGCCACAUGCACAACAGUUUUCCAAAUUGCAAGGUGCCAGAGCUGGUUCUGAAAUCUGUAUUUCCUGUCAGUGUUGAUCUAACAAUUUCAGUCUGUUACAAGAGGCCACUUGGAAUGUUGUGCGGGGGCUUUUCUUUUUAAAGCAGGCUUGCUAUACUUAAAACAGUUCCUGCAAAACAGGAAUUCUUUGUCCUUGGCUCCUUGGUAGCUUCUGAUACUUCUGAUCUGUGUUAGAACUGGCCAAGCUGAGCAGUACAACUUGCAAUAUGGUCUUUUCCUUUGUGAAUUCUUUCUUUCUUCGCAAAGUUGAGCCGAAAUUCCUUUGAGUCAGUGUUGUCCUGGUGAUUUGAGUUGUGUGCUCUUUUUGAGUUGCCUCUUGGUGCGUGCAGCCCAUCAGAACCAUGGUGAGCUUGAACAAAUCUGUUUUGUGUCGCGUGCUUCUAUGUUGCUAUCAAAAUGUACUGUACUUAGGAAAAGUACCAGGAUCUGCUGCUGGAUUAAACAAAUUGCUGUAGUUUCAAAGCAGCUUAGAGAACAACCAGGGGGUCUCAGUUUUCCAUGCAUCUGCAGGAAACUUGUACAUACUCUAGAAGCUUGUUGCUUAAACUCGGUGCUGAUGCCAAAGCGCCUUACCCUGGUUCUGUCCCACAGAAUGGAGCAGUAACAGCACUGCCAGCACUGCCUGGCUUUUGACUUUGCUGAUUUCACUCACUCCAGAAAAAUCCAAAGUUUUAUAUUGUAUUUGACAUUGUUGUGAGAAAUGAAUGACAGUAAUCACAUAGUGGCAUAACUAUUAAAUAAAUUCAUCUA